GGUGGGGCCUCGGUGCGGCGAGGCGGCGGGCAACCCGGAGGCUGGUUGGCGGGCAGGCAGAGGUGCGGAUAGCGCGCUGUGCUAUCGGUGGAGGGCCAUGGCCGCUUCUCCAGUCCCGGGCGGUGGCGGUGCGGGAGCUGUCCACUCCUCCAACGCGGCUGGCUUCACCUUCGACUCGGGACUGGAGAUCAGGACGCGCUCGGUGGAACAGACUCUUCUGCCCCUGGUUUCUCAGAUCACCACACUUAUAAACCAUAAAGAUAAUACCAAAAAGUCUGAUAAAACCCUGCAAGCGAUUCAGCGUGUGGGACAAGCGGUCAACUUGGCAGUUGGAAGAUUUGUUAAAGUAGGGGAAGCUAUAGCCAACGAAAACUGGGAUUUGAAAGAAGAAAUUAACAUCGCCUGCAUCGAAGCCAAGCAAGCAGGUGAAACAAUCGCCUCACUCACAGAUGUGACUAAACGGAGCCAUUUGGAAUCAGAUGGUCAGGUCACGAUUCUGACAGACAAAACAGGCGUCGUGCAGGCCGCCCGGCUGCUGCUCUCCUCAGUGACAAAAGUGCUGCUGCUGGCAGAUCGUGUAGUCAUCAAGCAGAUAGUGACAUCGAGAAACAAGAUUCUCGCAACCAUGGAAAGGCUAGAGAAAGUAAACAGCUUUCAGGAAUUUGUUCAGAUAUUCAGCCAGUUUGGAAACGAAAUGGUGGAGUUUGCACAUCUAACGGGAGACCGACAAAAUGAUUUGAAAGAUGAGAAGAAAAAGGCCAGAAUGGCUGUGGCGAGGGCUGUGCUUGAAAAGGGUACGAUGAUGCUCCUUACAGCCUCAAAGACAUGUCUCAGGCAUCCCAGCUGUGAGUCAGCCCACACAAACAAAGAAGGAGUGUUUGACCGGAUGAGAGUGGCCCUGGAGAAGGUCACGGAGAUCGUGACUGACUGCAGACUCAGCGGAGAGACCGACAGCUCAUCUGUCAGCAUUUUUACUGGGAUUAAAGAGUUGAAGGUGAAUAUUGAAGCUCUUCGGGAGAAUGUUUGCUUUGAGUCCAAAGAGAACCUUUCUGCCGCAUUGGAGGCCGUCUUGGAGCAUGUGGAGGACUUCACUGAUUCUGCCUACACCAGCCACGAGCACAGGGAACGGAUCUUGGAGCUGUCUUCUCAGGCGAGGACAGAGCUGCAGCAGCUCCUUUCCGUGUGGAUGCAAACCCAAAGCAGGAAGACAAAGAGCGCCGCCGAGGAGCUGGAACUCACAGUUCUGAAGAUCAGCCACAGCCUGGACGAGCUGAGGAGAGAACUCCAUUGUACAGCCAUGCAGCUGGCAGCCGACCUGUUAAAAUUCCAUGCUGAUCAUGUGGUUUUAAAAGCAUUAAAAGUUACUGGAGUAGAAGGAAAUUUGGAAGCUUUGGCUGAGUAUGCCUGUAAACUCUCUGAGCAGAAAGAACAGCUUGUGGAGACAUGUCGAUUGUUGCGGCAUAUAUCCGGCACAGAACCCCUUGAGAUAACGUGCAUACAUGCAGAGGAGACAUUUCAGGUGACUGGCCAACAGAUCAUUUCUGCUGCUGAAACGUUGACGUUGCAUCCGUCUAGCAAAAUCGCUAAGGAAAACCUGGAUGUGUUUUGUGAAGCUUGGGAGUCUCAGAUGAGUGACAUGGCGACGCUGCUAAGGGAAAUCAGUGAUGUGUUUGAAGGAAGACGAGGAGAGAGGUGCGACCAUCUUUCACUUCCAAAGCCCACGAAGAAUAGUGCAAACCUGAAGUCACUAAAGCCCGACAAACCUGACUCGGAGGAGCAAGCCAAGAUAGCAAAGCUCGGGCUGAAGCUGGGAUUGCUCUCCUCUGAUGCUGACUGUGAAAUCGAGAAAUGGGAAGAUGAAGAGAACGAGAUCGUUCGGCAUGGACGCAAUAUGUCCAGGAUGGCCUAUUCUCUGUAUUUAUUUACUAGAGGAGAGGGGCCACUGAAAACUUCCCAGGACUUAAUUCACUUCCUAGAGGUUUUUGCUGCAGAGGGAUUAAAGCUUACUUCAAGUGUACAGUCAUUUUCAAAACAGCUAAAAGAUGAUGACAAACUUAUGCUUCUCCUGGAAAUAAACAAACUUAUUCCUCUAUGCCACCAGCUUCAGACAAUAACUAAGACAUCUUUGCAGAGUAAAGUCUUUCUAAAGGUUGACAAGUGUAUUACAAAGAUAAGAUCCAUGAUGACUCUUGUGGUCCAGCUCCUCUCACUUUGCUAUAAACUACUGAAGAAGAUGGAAAAUAACAGAUGGGGCUCUGCGACGAACAAAGAUACCAUGGAUGGUCAAAACUGAGCAGCCUGGGGUUCAUCUCAGGGAUACCAUGUGGCACAGCUGACAUUUUAAAACGCAAAUGAUCCUUUGUACUUUCAUAAGUUCAUCAGUCUUUUAAAGAGGAUGCUGAAAUCUUUUUUUCUGAUCUUCAGAUUAGACAGUCAUGUUGCUAUGGUGGUUGCUAAGAUUCUAACAGCAGUGCAAUUUGAAAACAAACACUGUGCUCAGGGUGUUUUUCAGCACACACCAAAUAUCCCAACUGUCUUAAUGGCGGCUGAAUCCCAAAGAAGCAAUUGCAAAUGCACAUUCUCCUUGGCAUUCUUAACUGGUUUUUAAGCGGAUUAUUUACAACACUAAUUUCAGCAGAAAGUAUACAGUGGCCUUGUUGAAUGCAGCUUUUUUUUUGAGGCCUGUGGACUCUUCUUCAUUUCUUGUUGAAGCAGGAUAAGGGGCCGUCAGUGCCUGGUCCCAGAUCACACCUGUUAGCACUGCUGCUUCUAAUAAGUAUCUCACUGGUAAGGCUGUGAGGCUGCACCUGUCCCUUCCCUACUUCUGGAAGGAAAAACCACAGGAGUCACUCCAAAGAAGCCUGGAGCAACUUCAGAAGAGGAGAUGGUUUUUGUUAGCUGUAGUAAGCACAGCUGACCAGGCAGCCCUGAAUAAUGGAUGGAAUCCUAAGUAUUUCUUACUGGGUUAAAGACACGUUUGAAGUACCCUUCUCAGUAUUGAGGAAAUGACAGCUGCAGAAGACAGAACAUCGGAACCAAGAGGCUGUUUAGAUCGCAGACACCUGUACACUGUAUUUUAUGUAUGUGGAAUUGGAAUGCUCAUUUUAAAAUAAAUAUUUUUAGUCUUUUUAACUUUAGGAUUUAAACCUUUUCUUGGGCUGGGAAGAUGACUCUGCUGGAAACCUGUGUACCUUGUAAGCUGUGUAAUGAAGCAAGGCAAAGGUUGCCCAGGAGAUGGCCCAGCUAUCUGCUGUACUGCAGACUAUCAGAACGAGGGCCGAGAGAGGGAGCAUGUGCAGUCCCAGCGUGUGCUAUACAGAAAUCUCACCUUUAGCUACUGUCACAGCUGCCAACAUAACCAGGCUUUCAAAAGCCUAGUCUUGCAGGCAGCUGUUACAGGGAAUGAUUGAAUGGAACCAGCGUCUGUGAAAAGUCAGGAUUGGUACCAACACGUGUGAGUGAAAACUCUGGGAUUUCUUUUUAAACUGAGAAGCAGAAUGCUAACUUCACUGGGUUCUCAGUGUUGCUAUCUCAGUGACAAAGCAGCUCCCUCAACAAAACUGUAAAAGACCAUCAAAUAUGUGGCAACAAUACCAUUAUCUCUGACGACAAAAUAGGGUUUAUUAGUUAGUAUUAAAGAUCAUGUGAUAAUAUAAGCUUCAAUAAAAAUCGUACAUUCAAACUGAA